UAUGAACACAUCUCAUUCAUCACAGCAGUUGUGUUACAGUAGGGAUGAUCCGAUAGCAUUUCUUAAAGACGAGUACGAUACUCAUGCCUGUACACAGCUUUCUUUUUUUGAUCAGCCCAUACUACACUAUAAACGCUCCACAGCCGGCAGCUGAAACACUUCAUAACAGCAGAUCAAAGCCCAGUUCAGAGAAGUGUGUUCAGCGCGAGCGCACUAGUGCUCUACACCGGAGACUUCUGAGGGCUGAAGGAGAGAUUCAGGAACUGAAGAAAGAGAUUUCCAAUCAAAGAGCAUCUUGGGACAUGAGGUUUCUGGAGCUGCAAAAGAGACAACAUGAUCUGAGAGAGCAGCUGACCUCAGAGAUUCUGGGACGGUCGGCAGCGCUUUACAGAGAUGCUGAUUCAGAAGAAGCGUGUGAGGUGUUCACAGAGUCUGGGCUGGAGAAUGGACUCUCUGAGGAGCAGCAGCACAGAUGUUCUGGUACAGAAGAAUCCUCUCAGUGCCUUCAGUGUCUAAACCUCACAUCAACACGAGAGCAAACCUUCAACACUUCCACAUGUGGUGUUAAACACACGCAGAAAGCGCCUGACAUUGGAAUGCUUAGAGAAGACAGCUUGUGUGGCGGUCAGGCUUCCUGGCCAUCCGUCAUGGACACGAGGUCCUGGAGGAGCAGAGGACGACCUCAACGGGUGUUUGUGCCCCACUCCCCACUCGAUCUGAGAAUCGGGCACAGGGUGCGGAUCAUGUUGCCGUCUGGACGGAUCAGCACCGGGACCUUACGCUACCUCGGCUGCGUGAGCAACUGGUCUGACUGUCAUCUCGGCGUGGAGCUGGAGGAGGCUGAGAACGGUCAACAUGACGGCACCUGUGAGGGACAGCGCUACUUUGACUGUGAAGCUGGACACGGUGCGUUUGUGAGCAUCAGUAAAUUGUUAAUGGCUUGGGAGUAGACACAUGAACUUACUCCUGCAGGACACCCGCGAGGACACUCGGAUCCACAGUCCACUUCUGUAUACUUUAACCUUUCAUCUAGUAGAACAAUAACCGCUGGUUGUGAGAUUAGUGAUCCUGUAACCUUAAACGUCAAAACACUGAAGAAGAAUGUUUUGGUGGAUUGUGAGGCACAUCUGUGUAAUGUUAUCGUUCACCCUUUAAAGUCCUGAUCACUCUUACAGUAUUAUCUCAGUUUAAGUGUGU